AUGGCUCGUCCCCGUCAUGCUCCCCAAUGUACUAUCGUGAUAAAGCUAGGUACUUCGUCUAUCGUCCACGAAAAGACGCAUCAGCCCUUGCUUUCGACCCUUUCCUCUGUUGUAGAAACUGUUGUGCAUCUGCGCAGCCAAGGACAUAGAGUGGUGCUCGUCAGCUCUGGUGCUAUCGGUGUUGGGUUGCAGCGAAUGAACAUGCCAAGUCGUCCGAAGAGUCUAUCAGGAAAACAAGCACUGGCAGCUAUUGGACAGGGUAGACUGAUUGCUUUAUGGGACGAUCUCUUUGGUCACUUAGAACAACCUAUCGCUCAGGUUCUUCUUACUCGAGGUGAUAUCGCGGAUCGAACUAGAUAUUUAAAUGCUGUAAACACUUUCAAUGAACUUUUGUCUAUGGGUGUUGUACCUAUCGUGAACGAGAACGAUACCGUUUCAGUCAGCGAAAUAAAAUUUGGCGACAAUGACACAUUGUCUGCCAUCACGUCGUCCAUGAUCCACGCUGAUUAUCUCUUCCUACUGACGGACGUGGAUGGGCUGUAUACCUCAAAUCCAAGGAAAGACCCAAACGCAAAGCAAAUAGAAGUCGUGACGUCGAUAUCUGCCAUCAGAUCACAAGUUAGCACAACGACCCUCGGAUCAAGCCUUGGUACGGGAGGCAUGGAAACAAAAAUCAUUGCUGCGGAAAUCGCCACUGGCUGCAGCAAGCACCCAGAAAAUAUUUUUGGCAUCAUUGAGUAUCACAGCUCGCUAAAAGCCUCGUCGACGCCAGGAACACCUCUUGAACCUCUAUCGAGGACGGGGAGUCCUGUUCACAGCCCACCCACUCCCGAUUCACAUAGGUCUGGCAGCCCACAUGUUUGUCCUUUGCCUCGGCCGCCCCAUACGGUGUUCAAACCCUCCUCGAUUCCUAUGCGGGACCUGAAAUCAUGGACGAGUCAUACACUCUACCCCUCCGGAAGCGUCAUCAUUGAUGCCGGAGCUCAUAAUGUCUUGUCUCGCAGAGAAUCCGGUGGUCGACUGCUAGCAGCUGGCGUCUUGGGUGUCAUCGGGGCGUUUGCCUCUGGCCAGGCUGUACGAAUCGUUAUUUUGAAAUCUCCAAGUCCUGCUACUGUUCAAGAUGGUUCUGAACCAUCUUCCUCGGCGAGCCCUUUUGCCUCUACUCAGCCAAGUACGCCAACGAUUCUCGCGGCAUCCUCCAUGACAUCUUCAAUCGCAUCUCUGGAACCUUUGUCACGAUCUUCUUCAUCUACAGCACUUGCAAUAAAGCUGGGAGAUGAAGUACCUCGAAACAUAAAGCCUCAACCUCUAUAUGAUGAUGAUGCAGACGUUAUUGAGGUGGGACGGGGAUUAGCCAACUACAACUCUGCGCAGAUCUCAAAAAUCAAGGGUUUAAAUAGCUCAUACAUAUCGCAACUGUUAGGCUAUGCUGAUUCAGAGUAUGUAGUAGAAAAUAUCACCAUCCGCGUACCGCCAUAA